AUGAAGGUCUAUCAGCUCAUUUUUCUUGUUCUUUUGUUUAAUCGUCAGGCCUAUUGCAAAACAGACAUUCACAUUGGCUAUAGUCUCACACUAGAAGUACCUAGCGAUUACAGUGUGGGAUUACUUGGAAGAGCAUUUCUGAUGGAAACUAACCAAAUGGUGCCUAACUUUAGAGUUGCAUUGAGUGUCGAGCCAGUUAAGGGAAAUUAUUCAUGUUCUUUGGAAGUCUUUCUUGGAGAUGUCAAGGUGUGGAAUUCUGGCCAUUAUUCUCAUUUUUACACUUCUGAUAAAUGUUUGCUUGAGCUAACAAAGGAUGGAGAUUUACAGUUGAAAGGCCCAAAGGAUCAAAUCGGAUGGCGAACCGGGACUUCAGGACAAGGUGUGGAGAGACUAGAGAUAAUGAAGACAGGCAAUUUAGUCCUUGUCGAUGGCUUGAACAGGAUAAAGUGGCAGAGUUUCAACUUUCCAACUAAUGUAAUGCUAUGGGGACAGAGAUUAAAUGUGGCCACUCGCUUGACAUCUUUUCCUAACAAUUCAUCUGCAUUCUAUUCUUUUGAAAUUCAGCACAACAAGAUUGUUCUCUACUUGAGUUCUGGUAAGCGGAACUAUUCUUACUGGGAAUUUAAGCCUACCAAGAACAGAAACAUUACAUUUAUUGAAUUGGGUUCAAAAGGGUUAGAAAUAUUCAAUGAUCGACCCAAGAAAAUCGCACAGAUUCCAUCGUCCGGGAUGCAAUUUCAACCCCUGAGAUUUUUAGCACUGGGGAAUAAAACAGGAAACAUGGGCCUAUAUUUCUACUCGCCCAACAAGGGAAUUUUUGAGGCUGCUUUUCAAGCACUCAACACUACUUGUGAUCUUCCUCUAGCCUGUAGACCUUAUGGUAUCUGCACCUUGUCCAAUGCUUGCUCAUGUAUCCGACUGUUAAUGCCCAAAAAUGGGGUUGGUUCUGAUUGCAGUGGGGAGUUUUCUGAAGGGUUUUGUCGCAGAGGUCAGGCGGAAAUGCUUGAACUAAAAGAUGUAAGCAGUGUGCUAAGGACUGCACCUCAAAGGGUUAAUGUUAGUAAAGAAGAAUGCGCAAAUUUUUGCGUACAAGAUUGUAAAUGUGCUGCUGCAUUGUAUUCUACUGACAAGGAUGGGACAAGCUCAAGAGAGUGUUUUCUUUAUGGACUGGUCAUGGGAGUUAAACAGGUUGAGAGGGGAACAGGAUUCACUUACAUGGUUAAGGUUCCAAAAGGAACCCAUGUUUCUCAUGGGAAGUCAAAUGUGAAGAAAUGGGUGUUGGUCAUGGUAGGAGUGAUCGAUGGUUUGAUUAUUCUGCUUGUUUUUGGAGGGCUUGGGUAUUAUUUGAUUCAGAGAAGAAGAAAAACCACGCUUGCCUCUGACAACAAUACUUAA